AUUUCUGAUAAGAAUACUUUUGUUUCACAAAAUCUUAAAUGUUGUGUACAUACUGAACACAACCCCAAUGCCUGUCUGUUGCCCUCUCUCUCACCUGUCAGGCGGUAUGCGAGUGUGUUCCCCCGGCACUCUUCGAUGCCAUCACUUGGCUGGGCUACUGUAACAGCACCAUGAACCCCAUUAUCUACCCGCUGUUCAUGCGUGACUUCAAACGGGCCCUGGGGCGACUGCUGCCCUGCUACUCUACCCGCUCGCCCCACAGACCCUCGCCGGAGCUCUCCCUCUGCAACUCUGGUGAGCCCAACCUGCCCACAGAGCCCCCCUCCCUGGCUUCCGAUCCCCGACAGCCCCCCGCCACCGCCACAGACGCCGUCAACUUGUAUGAUGCAGAGCAUGCUGGGAUUGAGCUGCCCUUGCUGCUGCCUAAUCAGGUGGAUACGCUGGACUGAAGGGGACGAUGGAGAAGGGAGCAUGAACAGAUGCUGUGUUACAUACUAACGUAUGACCACCAUACAUUGGAGGAAGGUGUGUCUUGUUGGGGUUGGUAGCAAG